AUGGCAACAUCCCAUGAUCCCUUGAUCAGAGCACAAGAUGUCAAACGCUGUCGACUAUGUCCACAAAAACAUAGAAAGUCUUUAGCAGAAAUUACAUGUAGAAACUGUGAAGUAAAUCUCUGUAAGGAUUGCGUAAAUACACAUUUAAAAUCCAACCCUGACAUUAUUCAUGAAGUUGUCACUCUCAAAUAUCAAAACUCAGAAUUCAAUAUACCUAAAUGCAGAUUCCAUGAGGAACAAGAUGGUGAAGAGUUUUGUUUGGCGUGCAAGUUUCCCGUUUGCCGUGCAUGUUUAACUUCUGGUUCACAUCAAAAUCAUCCUUAUGAGCGAAGUUCUAAACUUUUAGCAUCGAAUCGAAAUCUGAUUGAAAAAGACAAUAAUGAACUUGUAACGGAUAUUGUACCUAUGUAUGAAUCAAUUCUUUCUGACGUAGAAACCAUGCUAAAAGAAGUUAAGCAAAAGCAUGCCGCCAGACGUCAUUCUAUUGAAAACUUGGGUACACAUUUCAGCAAGCUUGUAGACAGUGUCAUCAAAAGAUAUGCACAAGAAACAAAAAAGAAUGAAGAGACAGAUACUCGAACUUUGGUGGCCUUCAAAACUGAAAUUCAGAAAAGGCUGUCUUUAAUUCAGUCAGCUAUUAAAACAAACGAUUCAACUUUAGUUUCUAAAGAUUCAUCAAAACUUAUUCACUACUUUUCACAAAACGAAUACUUCAAAAGUGUUCCAACAAUGUAUGAACUAAAAGUAACCAAAUUCAAUCCAGUUGAGCUCACAGAACAGGAAAUUUGUCAAAUGAUUGAUGUCAUUUCAGAGACAAUUAAAAAAACAAUACCAAUGCGCGUUUUAAAAAAUGGUAAUCUUAUGCCACGCCGAAGGUUUAUUGAUGAACCAACUGUCAUAAAAAAUAUAAAGUCUGGUUAUAAUACAAUUGACAGAGUAAACUGUAUUCCAAAUACAAACGAGUUCUAUAUCAUGUGUGACAGUGUAAUCAUCAAACAUAUGAACACAAAAAUGGAGGUGUUAAAUGAGAUCAAAUCCGAGGCAGAAUCAACUCUAUAUGAUAUGACAGUAACCAGAGAGGGUCAUAUCUUGUGCACAGAAAGUCGGUCUAACCGUAUAAAUAUUAUGACGGAAGGAAGGAUACAAUGUCUUUUUGCACUUCAGGAAUGGGUACCAUUGGGCAUAUGCUCCACUUCCACAAAUGGAUUACUUGUUUCCAUGAAAUGUAAGAAAAAUAAUCCGGAAAUAAGUAAAGUAGUUCGUUAUUAUGGUUCUGCAGCUACUCAAGAAAUUCGCUACGAUAAUGAAAGAAAAGACCUUUACAUCAAUCCAGUCUAUAUAGAAGAAAACAGAAACCUUGAUAUUAUAGUGAGUGAUUCUGAUGAAAAGAAAGUGGUAGUUGUAGAUAAAGAUGGACAAUUUAGAUUUAGCUAUGAUGGAAACCUCCAAUCAAAGAGGUACACAACAUUUACUCCACGUGGUUUAACUACAAACAGCCUCUGUCAUAUCUUGAUUUUUGACCGUUAUAAUCAUGUUAUACAUGUCAUUGAUAAAGAAGGAGAAUUCCUAUUCUACAUUGCAAACUGUGAUUUAAAAGCUCCGUCUGAUCUCAGCACAGACAGUGAUGAUAAUUUAUUCGUUGCUGAAUGUAUGUCUGGGACACUCAAGAUAAUAAAACUGUUCGAAUGA